AUGGCAUCUAAUGUUAAAAAGGCUGUCGUAAAAGACUUGCUAGAAGCUAACAAGCUCAUCAGGAAAGUCAAAUCAGAAAGUGUUUCCUUAAAAUUCCAGAAUUUGGGAUUCAAAGAUUUGCAUCUUUUGGUAUAUAGUGAUGCAUCCCAUGGCAAUGCAGAGGAAGAUCAUUCUCAAGGAGGACAAAUUGUGUUCUUAGUUGAAGGAGAGGGAAAGUGUAUUCCCAUUUGUUGGACCUCUAAGAGAAUAAGGAGAAGAAGUACCUUAGCAGCUGAAACUCUGUCAAUGGUUGAUGGAAUUGAUCUUGGUAUAUUUCUAGCUACUUUGUUCUGUGAUCUGUACUAUGGUGUAGCAGAUUCAACACUGUUACCAAUUAAAUGUAUAACUGAUUGCAAGUCCUUUUGUGACGCUAUCAAAUCAAACAAAUUGGUUACAGAGAAGAGGUUACGAUUGGAGCUGUCAGCUAUCAAAGAAAACAUUCACAGUAAUUAA